AUGCAGAGGACAUAAACUAGACAACCACCACAGGAGGUGAUCACCUCUUUUUUGCGGUGGCGGCGCCGCCGGUCGACUAAAAUGGCCACGUUGAGAAAAAGAAAUUCAUCGUGCAGGACAAAGCUUUUUGCAUCAGAGGGGCAAUGGCCGGCCCUGAUGCUACCGGGGACGGCCCGACUGGGCUGUUGCAAGGCGGUAGCGCCCCACGGCCGGUAUUCCUGGGGGCGACUGCCUUCCCCCGCAAUAUGAAAAAGAAAGAGGCGAUGGCCGCCCCUGAGAUGUUCCCGGAAGCAUGGGGGAGCACAUCAUUGUUGUUAUUUUUUUUUUUAAUUUUAUUCUUUGUUAGAAAUGAGAAGGCCAGGCAGAUGCAUAGCGUGCGAUGCUCCGGAAACGUCGGGGCUAGAUUUUUAAUUUCUAAUUUUUUUUUGGGGGGUUUAGAAAAGAAAAAGCUGAGCAGAUGCAUCGGGUGCGCAACGAUGAACAUUGAAAUAUCAUGACCGUGUGAGCAUGGUGGAGUGACCUCUAUGGAUUCUUUUCUCAAGAAGUUCUUCCCGCGCGUCUACGUGAAGAUGAAGGGGAACACCACUAUCAGCAACUACUGCAAAUUCGACAGCGAGCUCCUGACCUCCUUCACUUCCUCUCUCUACGUUGCCGGCCUCGUCUCUACCUUCUUUGCAGCCUCAUUCACUCGGAAGUUUGGUCGCAAAAUGACGAUGACCUUAGGUGGUGCAGCCUUCCUCGUCGGGACUGCUCUGGGUGCUGCUGCUGUAAAGGUUUAUAUGCUAAUCUUGGGCCGUCUCCUACUCGGUGUCGGUGUUGGAUUCACGAACCAGUCUGUCCCACUAUAUCUCUCUGAGAUGGCACCACCUCGUUUCAGGGGCUUCUUUAACAAUGGCUUCCAGUUCUCUGUAGGCAUAGGCGUACUGUCUGCUAAUCUGAUUAAUUAUGGAACACAGAAGAUAGCUGGAGGUUGGGGGUGGAGAGUCUCUCUAGCAUUGGCUGCGUUACCAGCUUCAGCUCUUACUGUUGGCUCCCUUUUCCUUGCAGACACCCCCAACAGCCUAAUGGACCGUGGUGCUACCCAUGAAAAGAUAACUGCCACGCUUUGCAGGAUCCGUGGCACUUCAGACGUGGAAUUGGAACUGAAUGAUAUGGUACGAGCAAGGAAUGUAUCGAAGAACAUUAGACAUCCAUAUACGAGCAUCUUUUCAAGAAGGUAUAGGCCACAGUUGACAAUGGCAAUCCUGAUUCCCUUCUUCCAACAAGUAACUGGUAUCAAUGUGAUUGCUUUCUAUGCACCACUCCUAUUCAGGACUAUAGGGCUCAGAGAAAGUGCUUCUCUUAUGAGUUCUGUAGUAACAGGAGGAGCAGGGCUUGUCACCACCUUCUUGUCAAUGUUAAUUGUCGAUAAAUUUGGCCGGAGGACUCUGUUUAUAGUCGGAGGAAUGCUGAUGCUUUGUGCACAGGUAGCUGUGGGUGCAAUCAUGGCAGAAAAGCUUGGUGACCAUGGUGCUCUAAGCAAAGCUGAUUCAUAUUUGGUGUUGGUGUUGAUUGGUAUUUACGUUUCCGGAUUUGGAAUAUCAUGGGGACCUCUGGGUUGGCUGGUGCCUAGUGAGAUUUAUCCACUUGAGAUCAGAUCAGCAGGUCAGAGUAUUACUGUUGCCGUGAAUUUCACCUUCACCUUCUUGAUCGCGCAGACCUUCUUGGCUAUGCUUUGUCACAUGAAGUCUGGCAUCUUUUUCUUCUUUUCUGUGUGGGUGGUGGUGAUGACUGGCUUUGUUUAUCUGUUCCUACCAGAGACGAAGGACAUCCCUAUAGAGCAGAUGGCACGUGUGUGGAGGAUGCAUUGGUUUUGGCACAGGUUUGCUGGGGAGGAAGAGGAUAAAGAGGUUGGUAAUUAGAUGAGGAGUAUGCAGGGAUAAUAUUUGGAGUUAAUAUCUUCUGGAUGAAACCAACUAUUUUGUUAAGAAGCCAGUGGCCUCAGAACAGAUUGUUUUCUCUGCUAUAUUUCCAUUUAGGGGUUCAGAUAAUAUUUCAGAAUGGAUGUCCCAAGCUGUACAAAGGUUCAACCAAUCUUGUGAAUCUGUGAAGUGUGAACUUUUGGCUCAAGCCUUACGUGCUUGUUGUCUUAUUCUCUUAUAAUUCCUGGUGCAUAUUAUAUUGUUGUCAUACUCCUUACACGUUUGUAUUAUUGUCAUAUAAUUCCUAGUACAUGUUAUACUAAUGCCAUACACCUGGCAAAUUCGUCAGGUCUUGUCUCCUCUCCUGGUUAUUCAGUUCUUGUAUUGACAAAAUUAUGCAUGUUUUCCUGAU